AUAUAUAUAUAUAUAGAAACCCCACUCUCUAAACCCACCGCAACUCAAUAACACAACGCUUUCACUUUCGUGUCACUUUCCAAUUCCAAUGGCAACGAGAAGAACUACAAAACUAACCAAAACCGUUUUCUCCGCCGUAACGGCAACCAGAACUCGAAACCCUCUCAGUCGUCCUCUCUCCUCCGCACCACUCUUCAAUGGAAGUUUCCCUCAUCCUUCAGAGAACAUCAGAAUUCCUCUUUCAAGCUCUAAGAUUAUCGACAGAACCACCAAUGUCGCCUCCGCCAGGUUCCUAUCUCACUCUUUCACUCGCAAUUUUCACGCAUCUACUCCUUCUUACCGCUCCGCCGGAGCUUCUCAGAUAUCACAAACAGAGUUUACAGAAAUGGCCUGGGAGGGAGUUCUUGGUGCCGUUGAUGCCGCACGAGUCAAUAAACAACAAGUUGUGGAGUCAGAGCAUUUAAUGAAAGCCCUCUUGGAGCAAAAGGAUGGUUUGGCCCGAAGGAUAUUUACUAAGGCAGGGUUGGACAACACAUCAGUUCUACAGGCUACUGAUAACUUUAUAGCUCAGCAACCUAAGGUUACAGGUGACACUUCUGGUCCUAUAAUUGGUUCGAAUUUUAGCUCCAUCUUGGACAACUUUCAAAGGCACAAGAAAGAAAUGGGUGAUGAGUAUGUGUCUGUGGAACACCUUUUGCUAGCAUUUCAUUCAGAUAAGAGGUUUGGGCAACAGUUAUUUAAGAAUCUUCAGCUUAGCGAGAAGACUUUGAAGGAUGCUGUAAAGGCUAUUCGUGGAAGUCAAAGAGUAACCGAUCAAAAUCCUGAGGGGAAAUAUGAAGCAUUGGACAAGUAUGGAAACGACCUGACUGAACUUGCUAGGCGCGGCAAGCUUGAUCCUGUCAUAGGUCGAGACGAUGAAAUUCGGCGCUGUAUUCAGAUAUUGUCAAGAAGAACGAAGAACAAUCCAGUUAUUAUUGGUGAACCUGGUGUGGGGAAAACUGCAAUUGCUGAAGGAUUAGCACAACGUAUAGUGCGUGGAGAUGUUCCAGAGCCAUUGAUGAACAGGAAGUUGAUCUCCCUUGAUAUGGGUUCGUUGCUUGCGGGUGCCAAGUUUCGUGGAGAUUUUGAGGAAAGGUUGAAAGCUGUCCUGAAGGAAGUUACAGCAUCAAAUGGGCAAAUAAUUUUGUUUAUUGAUGAAAUACACACUGUUGUAGGUGCAGUAAUAGGGGCUACAAGUGGUGCAAUGGAUGCUGGGAACUUGUUGAAGCCAAUGCUUGGAAGAGGCGAACUUCGAUGUAUAGGAGCAACAACAUUGAAUGAAUAUAGAAAAUACAUUGAGAAGGAUCCUGCACUUGAGCGUAGAUUUCAACAAGUUUUUUGCUGUCAACCAUCUGUUGAAGAUACAAUAUCCAUUCUCCGAGGGUUGCGCGAGCGCUACGAAUUGCAUCAUGGAGUCAAAAUAUCAGAUAGUGCACUUGUUUCAGCGGCAGUUCUUGCAGAUCGAUACAUCACAGAACGUUUCCUACCAGACAAAGCUAUUGAUCUUGUUGAUGAAGCUGCUGCAAAGCUAAAGAUGGAGAUUACCUCUAAGCCUACAGAAUUGGAUGAGAUAGAUAGAGCAGUCUUGAAACUGGAGAUGGAAAAACUCUCUUUGAAAAAUGAUACUGACAAGGCUUCUAAAGAAAGAUUGAGUAAGCUUGAAAAUGAUUUGAGUUUACUUAAACAGAAACAAAAAGAAUUGGCAGAACAAUGGGACAGUGAAAAAGUUUUAAUGACUCGGAUAAGAUCAAUCAAAGAAGAGAUUGAUAGAGUCAACCUAGAGAUGGAAGCUGCCGAGCGUGAUUAUGAUCUGAACCGUGCCGCUGAGCUCAAAUAUGGAACUUUGAUGUCCCUUCAGCGCCAAUUAGAAGAAGCUGAAAAGAAUCUAGCUGACUUCCAAAACUCUGGACAAUCUUUUCUUCGUGAAGAAGUCAGCGACCUUGAUAUUACCGAGAUUGUAAGCAAAUGGACUGGUAUACCACUAUCAAACCUCCAACAAACAGCAGAAGCAAUGACAAAAUUAAUAGUUACUCAAUUAUAUGUAAUCUUAGCAUUGAGCUCUUUAUUGGUAUAUCUAAUUUUCUCUAAUCUAAUUUAGCGUAGCAAAUCUUAACUGUUUUUACAUACAAAAUUGAAGACUUGGAGCUUCAGCUUCUUUGAGACGUGAGACAAGUGUUUUUCAUGUGGGAAAAAACCCGUUGAUGGCUUCAUCUAUCUUAUCUUACUUCCAAUGA